CACAAGUGUAAGAAAUGCUUGGCUAAAAUGAUAUCUAGACACGAAAAACACUUAAAAUAAGGAAAAACAUUAUCCAAUGAUGAAGCCUUAAAAGUGAUAAAACAGAUCUAAGAGUGGUAUUUUGCUAGGACUUCUGGUUCGCUAGCGUUUUGACCAGAAAUUCACCCAAAAUGGGAAACCAGUUGACUGGCAUUGCACCCUCUCAGAUCCUGAGUGUCGAUCAUUAUUUCAGUGAUUUAGCAGACUACGAAUUCGAUGGAAGUCUUGGAAGUACAAGGUUCUUUAAGGUAGCAAGAGCUCAACACAAGGAAGGUCUAUGUGUUGUCAAAGUAUUUGCCAUCCAAGAUCCAUCACUUCCUUUGAAGCAAUAUCAAGAUGAGCUGAAAGACAUCAAGAUCAGGCUGUCUAAUGCACCUAAUGUGUUGCCAUUCCAGAGAUCUGUUCUCUCCGAUAAAGCAAGUUUGCUGAUUCGACAGUUUGUGAAGGAUAAUUUGUAUGAUAGAAUAAGUACCAGACCAUUUUUGAAUCUGAUAGAAAAGAAAUGGAUUGUUUAUCAACUUUUGUGUGCACUUGAGCAAUGUCAUUCUGUCCAGGUAUGCCAUGGUGAUAUCAAAGCAGAGAAUAUUAUGGUCACAAGCUGGAACUGGGUCCUCUUGACAGACAUUGCUAGUUUCAAACCAGUGUACCUCCCAGAAGACAACCCUGCCGACUUCACCUUCUUCUUUGAUACAUCUCGGCGACGCACAUGCUAUGUUGCACCUGAACGAUUCCUAGAUGCAAGACAGACUGAUGCCUUAUUGUCAAGUGGUUCUACCUCACUAGGAGACUCUCAGUCCAGUGGAGGUCCUAGUUUACCGGAUAUGGAUAUGGAGCAAAGAAGGAAGAGAGUGUUACAGCCUGCAAUGGACAUAUUUUCAAUAGGAUGUGUCAUUGCUGAGUUGCUCAGUGAAGGAAACAAGCUGUUUGACCUGUCAGAGUUACUAGCAUACAGAAAUGGAGACUACCAUCCAAAAGCUGUGUUAGAAAAAAUAGAAGAUAACCAGAUAAGGGAAAUGGUAGAGCAUAUGAUUUCAAAAGAUCCCUCUCAAAGACUAAUAGCAUCAGAGUAUCUCAGGACCUAUGGAGGUUCUGUAUUUCCAGAACAGUUUUCCAGAUUCCUAGAAACUUACAUGACUAGAUUUGCCACUUUUCCUUUAUUAACAUCUGAUGAAAAAGUUAGCAGAAUAAAAAGAGAUAUCAAUCUAAUCCUUAAGGAGCUUUUACCUCCUGAACACAGCAACAGUGAAAAACCAGUAAAAGAUAAGGAUGGUUGUUUAGUAAUCAUAGUGUCACUGCUUACCUCCUGUGUGCGAACCUGUAAAUACUGUGUAUCUAAGCUAACAGCACUAGAACUCAUGACAACCUUGUCUCAUCAUGUCAGCGACGACAUCAUCUUAGAGAGGCUUCUUCCUUACAUGUUGUUCAUGGUAAAUGACACUUUACCACAAAUCAGAGCUCAGGCCAUCAAGACACUAACUCACUGUCUGCAUCUUGUCAAGAAUAUCACUCGCAGUGAUGCCAAUAUCUUCCCUGAGUAUAUUCUACCUAGUUUAUCGUGGUUAACACAAGAUGCUGAGGUAGUAGUACGGCUAGCCUAUGCAGAAAGUAUUGCAUCUCUGGCUGAAACAGCACUAAAGUUUUUAGAAAUGGCACAACUGGAUCGAAAUAAUGUGAUUAAAGAGAACCAAGAUGAUACUCCAAUACAAUACCAGGGAAGUUACGACACAGAGCUCCAAGCCCUUCACGAGAUAAUCCAACGUAAAGUAGUCACCUUACUGAGUGACCCAGAAAACAUCGUCAAACGAACAUUACUAGAGAAUGGUAUUACUCGCCUUUGUGUGUUCUUUGGUCGACAAAAAGCCAACGACGUUCUUCUCUCACAUAUGAUAACCUUUCUGAAUGACAAGUAUGACUGGCAGCUACGAGGAGCGUUCUUUGAUAGUAUCGUAGGGAUAGCUGCGUAUGUUGGUUGGCAAAGUAUCGCCAUGUUACGACCGUUGCUGGAACAGGGCUUGAGUGACACAGAAGAGUUUGUAGUUUGUAAAGCCUUGAAUGCCUUGACUUGUAUAGCUGAGCUUGGCUUGCUGAGGAAGCCUACGCUACUGGAACUUGUUUCAGAGAUUGUUCCUUUUCUCUGUCAUCCGAAUAUGUGGGUUAGAUAUGGUGCUGUGGGAUUCGUAGCAGCCGUAGCACGAACCCUGAACGUAGCAGAUGUGCACUGUCAUUUGUUACCUUUGCUGCAGUCGUUCCUCAAACAACCUGUUAUACAAGUUGACCAAGAGGUCAUUCUUGUAAGCUUGCUGAAAGAACCAAUCAACAGAGCUGUGUAUGACUUCGUCAUAAAGUCGCCACAGAUCGGCGUGCUGUUUGACAGUCUUCAAGAACGUCAGCGACGGCGCAGCGUCUGUCGCAGUGGUCAGCGGCCAACCUACCCCGAGACUGAAGAAGUCCUUGUUCCUCUGUUUCGAAAACUCCAUUCACAAGGGGUGACAGAACAAGACGAAGACAAAUUGCUGUACCUGAAGGACAUUAUGCUGAAACUACAUCGAGCCAAAGUUAGUGCUUCAGAUCAGCCCGAUAUGAACGACACAACAGCAGAGGGCGAGAUAGACCUGAAGAUACGAGGUAAAGGUGUAAUGAAAAGACAUGCUGAGCUGCCCAAGACAAACGAUAGCAAGCUUGAAAAUACCGGGACCAAUAAGAAAGGGAACAACAAGAACAAGAAACAACCAGUCGAUCUUCAAAUGAUGGUCUCCGAAGGGACAACUGGUGGCUCAUCUUCACGAACACAAGGCUGCUAUCAACAGAAUACAGUUGAGUCAGGAUCUUCAGUACUUCGCUACAGCAUCAGACGACGGGUCAGUCAAACUAUGGGAUCUGCAGAAACUUGAUGGUACAAGUUUGAUCAAUAAAUCCAGACAAACAUACAGCCGACAAGGAUUCAAGAUGAAAGCCCUCGUGUUCUGCGAGAGCUCAAGUUCUAUCGCUUGUGCAUCAAACGAAGGAAUUCUCAAUGUUUUCAGAAUCGAACAAAGUAACCAACAGCCUUCAGGAAAAUUACAAGUCUACCAGAAGAAAAUAAACCCAACCGAAGAAGGACACGUGGUUGACAUGGCUCAUUUUGACACAGGUUCACAAUCAGUUCUCACGUAUGCCACGUCAAAUGGUUAUGUUUGUGGAUGGGAUCUACGCUCGGCCAGUAUGGCCUGGAAGCUAGAGAAUGAUGCAUCACGUGGUUUAGUCACAUCAUUUGUAGUGGAUCCAUGUCAUUGUUGGUUGGUAGUUGGCACAAGUACAGGCAACAUGGUUUGCUGGGAUCUGCGCUUUCAGCUUCCCAUUACAAGUUUAGCACAUCCUUCAGGGGCAAGGAUCCGUAGAUUAGCAACUCACCCAACAGAACAGUCCUGGGUAGUAUCAGCUGUACAGGGGAACAAUGAAGUGAAUAUAUGGGACCUGGAGACAGGAUCUAGAAGACAAACGCUUUGGGCCAGCAAUACACCGCCUUUGUCUCAAACACAGGUUUCACCUCAUGCAGUGCACGCCUUGUACUCAAGUCUUCCUGAUACCAGCCCAUACAUUAUUACAGCAGGAUCAGACAAGCGUAUUAGAAUGUGGGAUCUAGCAUUCCCUGAACACUCACAGAUGGUAGCAGGAGCAGCUACAGACAACCUUAGCAAUGUUGUUCUGCAGUACAAGUCUCGUUUAAUAGAUGGAACAGAAGUUUUCCAAGAGGUCUACUGUAAACCAAGACAGGGAGCAGUCCAUGAGGACAUGCCGAGAAGGGGCCCAGAACAGCCUCCUGUGGGACACCAUGAGUGCAUAAAUGAUUUAAUAGUGUCUAAAUCACCACAAAAUUUUAUUAUUACUGCUGGGAGAGAUGGUGUGGUGAAGAUAUGGAAAUAAAAAAUGGGAAAUAGGUCUAAGAAUAUUUGAAUUACGGAUAUUAUAGCAGUAUUAUAGCAGUAAAAAAUUACAACUAGGGGGAAAAAUCAUAAAGCAAGAGGAACAUAUAGACUGAUGCUUUUGAGAGAGAAAAACAUACUUAUAACGAUCAGUUAGACGUGAGUGUGGAAAUUGUAAAAUUGUAGCAAGAAAAUGUUAUAGAAACGAAUUAUAGAAAGGGAAGUAUAGUACUGGUAGAGUGCAGAACCAUAUAUCUGUGAAAAAGUUAACAAACAAAAAAUUACAAAUUAGUACAUGGUGUUGUAGGUUUAUGGAACUUGAUAAUUUGUACAAACUUUUUCACGGACAUAUGGUAUGUAUUCUAGUAACUUUGACAGUCUCAAAGAAAUACUGAUAUUUAGUAUCAUUUCUUGGCCUUAUUUAUGGGUAAUGGAGAUCCAUUUUUACAACUAGGCCAUUGCUUUUAAUUUUGAACAACACCCCUAAGUCAUUGAGAAUAAGGCUUUGCAUUGUUGCAAUUGUUUCAUUGGUGCUAUUUAAUUGUACUAAUAAGUACUAUUUCUGAGGUCUGACCUUACCCCAAGGAUUUGCACUCACUUUUUACCCUAUAUCUCAAAUUUUCAUUAUAUUCUAAUCCUUAUUCCCCAGAAGAUUUUAGUAAUGUGUGUGUUUAGGUGUGGUCUAUCAUUAGUGAUUAUAAAUCAAGACCUAUAUCUUUAUAUUUGUGGGUGUGAUUUUUAAUAUGGGAUAUUACUGUAGUAUAGUCCAACAGGUAAUUAAUCAAGGACAAAAACAAUACAACAUAGUUAAAAGAAUUAAUAUUYAAUAUGUACAGAAAGGUAGUGAUUUUCCAUAUAACAAAAUAUUAACAUUACAAAACUGAAAACAAUUUAUUUUUUGAGAAUGAGUAUGUAUGGUUUCUUUUAGUGGAAUAAAAAAUAUAACUGUCUUCAUUAUUAA